AUGUCCUAUUUCAUAUCUCCACAAGCUCAUCCAGGUCUUCCGCCUUCCGGCCAAGGUGGGGCUGCUUCUCCAGGCUCAUCCCUUGGCCUCUAUAGUCCUGUACAGCCAGUGGUGGUGGCCUCUGGUGGACAAGGCUCACUGAGCCAGAAAGUUGAGCAGGCGACACCUGUUGCCCAGGCCUGGGGCCCGGCCCUAGCAGUGCCAGAAGCCAGGGGCUGCCCUGGGGGGGCUAGCUGGGAGCCACUGCAUCAGAAGGAGUACAUCCGGUACUACCACGAAUUUCCCAACUCAAGGCAGCCAGAGAGCCUGGGCUGGGAGGAUGGCUGCUCCGGAAGCAGAGCUCCUCACCUGGGUAGCCCCAGCAGGCCUGGGCCCCUGCUGCUGUGUGGGCUGUCAUCGGGGGCUCUGCCGAUGCCCUCUGAGGCAGCGGGGAAGGAGGCCAGCUCCCAGCCCGACAUCUGCAUCCUUACCUUGGCCAUGAUGAUUGCUGGCAUCCCCACUGUGCCGGUCCCAGGCCUACGGGAAGAGGACCUGAUUCGGGCGGCUCAAGCUUUCAUGAUGGCCCAUCCGGAGCCAGAGGGGGCUGUGGAGGGGGCGCGGUGGGAGCAGGCGCAGACCCACACAGCCUCUGGGCCGAUGGCCCUAGUGAGAUCCCGGAGGGGCCAGCCUCCUGGCUCCUGCUUGUAGCUGGAUGAAAUAGCACCAGACACAUAGGGUGGCUUCUCUGUAUGGUUUUUGGGCAGGCAGGGUUGGUGGUGUCUAUGGCAGGGAUGGGGACAGAGCAGGAGUCUCCAACCCCUGGUCUGUUAGGAACUGGGCUGCACAGCAGGAUGUGAGCGGCAGACGAGCCAGCGAAGCUUCAUCUGCUGCUCCCCAUCGCAUGUGUUACUGCCUGAACCAUCUCCACCCGCCAUGGUCCAUGGAAGAAUUGUCUUCCACGAAACCGGUCCCUGGUGCCAAAAAGGUUGGGGACUGCUGGGAUAGGGUGGUGGUUGGAGCCACUCUGACAAACACCAGCCCAUCAGGGCCCAGGGCCCAGGAAGUUUCCAGAAACCAUUAAGCCAGGAGAUAGGUCUUAUCAUAGUUACAAUGAAAAUUACCAGGGUAGGAGGCCCUGCUUGGAGAGUGGAGGCUUCUUUUGUAUUGUUUUGGUACUCAAUCAAAAGUUUUUAUAUAGGGACUUCCUAGGUGGUGCAGUGGUUAAGAAUCUGCCUACUGAUGCAGGGGCCAUUUGAUCCCUGCUCCAGGAAGAUCCCACAUGCUGCAGAGCAACUAAGCCUGUGAGCCCCCCCAAAAAAAAAGAAAAAGAAAAAGAAAAAAACAUUCUUGUACAAAGCCCUAGGCAAUGUGAAUUUUCCUCUUGCCUUUUGUUUCUCACCCUGCUGAGGGCAGGUAAUGGGAUCACAGGCAAGGAAAGAAAAUUAACUUUUAUUUGAGCACCCACCGGGCAUCAGGCCCAUUACAUGCCCACCAUCUUUUUUUAAAAAAUAUUUAUUUGGUUGCGCCAGGUCUUAGUUGUGGCAUGCGGGAUCUUCAUUGCCCUGGAUGGGAUCUUUAGUUGCACCAUGUGGGCUCUAGUUCCCUGACCACGGAUUGAACCCAGGCCCUUUGCAUUGGGAGCCUGAAGUCCCAGCCACUGGACUACCAGGGAAGUCUCCCACUGUUCUUUAAUCUUACCAAUGCUCUGCGGAAUCUCCAUUUUUACAGAUGAAAACAUUGAGGCUUAGCGAGGUGACUUGCCUGAAGUCCCAUAGCGAGUAAAAGGCAGCACCAGGCCUCAAAAUUCAGACAGGGAAGAAACCAGGAUUUGCAUGUAACGUCAGAGUCCAAAGUCUAUUCUUCCCAUAGUAUUUCCUAAACUGCCUUCUACAAGACAAAAAACUAGACAAAUGCUAAAACAGACAACAUUCAACUUUAA